GGGCGAAAGGUGUGAAAUUGAUGAAUGGCGCCUCUCAUGCUCUCUCAAAAACCAAACACCUUCUCGCCACGACCGCUGCCCAGUGCCAAUCACUGUUCCGAAACUUUGCAGCCACUCGUUCCCUCACGAAAAUUAAACAACUCCAUGCCCAUACCAUCAUCUCGGGCCUCCUCUCCUCCUCGAAAUCCACCGAGAUUCGCUCAGCCGUCGCCGCAGCGUAUGCUUUAUGUGGGGAUGUUCGAUUUGCUCGUAAACUGUUUGAUGAAGUUUCCGACCGGAGUUUAUUUUUGUAUAACGUCGUGAUAAGAAUGUACAUACAAAACGGUCUACCCUAUGACGCACUUAAUGUAUUUGUUCAAUUGCUCGCUUCGGGGCAGGGCCGGCCCGAUAACUUUACGUACCCAUUUGUUAUUAAGGCGUGCGGAGACUUGUCGUUGCUUAAUGUAGGUGUUGUAGUUCACGGGCGAACACUGGUGGUUGGCUUUGAUUCUGACACGUUUGUGCAGAAUUCUUUGUUGGCGAUGUAUAUGAACUGUGGGGAGAAGGAGGCAGCGAGACAGGUUUUCGAUACGAUGCGGGAGUGGAGUGUUGUGUCUUGGAAUACCAUGAUUAAUGGGUAUUUUAGAAAUGGGUGUCCAAAGGAAGCUACGAUGAUUUUUAAUUGGAUGAUGGAUGUGGGAGUAGAGCCUGAUUGUGCCACCAUGGUCUCAGUGUUGCCAGCUUGUGCUUACUUUAGGGAUUUGGUAUUGGGAAGAAGGAUUAAUACAUUACUCGAAGAGAAAGGUUUGGGGAAGAAUAUUGCAGUGAAGAAUGCCCUGGUAGAUAUGUAUGCAAAGUGCGGUAGCAUGGAUGAAGCAAGGUUAGUUUUUGAUAACAUGGGUGAGAGGGACGUGGUCACGUGGACAACCAUGAUUAAUGGGUAUAUUUUGAAUGUCGAUGCAAGGAGCGCUUUGGCCCUUUGUCGGCUCAUGCAGUCUGACGGGGUAAGACCCAAUUCAGUAAGUAUAGCUUCUCUUCUUUCAGCAUGUGGCAGUUUGUGUUCCAUUGAGUACGGUAGGUGCUUGCACGGGUGGGCAAUAAGGCAAAAGAUUGAGUCGGAUGUUAUUGUGGAGACUGCAUUGAUUGACAUGUAUGCAAAAUGCAAAAAAGUUGACCUCAUCUUUCGAGUGUUUGGUAAAACUACGAAAAAACGAACAGUCCCUUGGAAUGCUCUUCUUUCUGGAUGUAUUCAUAAUGGACUUGCAAUAGAAGCAAUGAAAAUUUUCAAACAAAUGCUAAUGGAAGCAGUACAACCUAACGAAGCAACCUUGAAUAGUCUCCUUCCAGCAUACGCUAUUCUUGCAGAUUUGCAGCAAGCAUCGAAUAUACACUGUUACCUGGUAAGAUCUGGGUUUCUUGCAAGCAUCGAAGUUGCUACUGGUAUGAUUGACAUAUACUCAAAAUGUGGAAGCUUAGAAUCUGCUCACCAAAUUUUUAGGGGAGUUCCUGAAAAGAGAAGGGACAUCGUCCUGUGGAGUGUGAUAAUAGCUGGUUAUGGAGUUCAUGGUCAUGGUGAGAUUGCUGUAUCACUUUUCUAUCAGAUGGUUCAAUCUGGGGUGAAACCCAACGAAGUCACUUUCACUUCUGUAUUGCAUGCAUGCAGCCAUGGAGGUCUGGUGGAUAAGGGUUUGCAUUUGUUCAAGUUCAUGCUUGAAAAUCACCAAAUGAGUCCUUGUCCUGAUCACUACACAUGCAUUAUUGAUCUUCUUGGUCGUGCUGGUCGACUGAAUGAAGCUUAUGAUCUAAUUAGAACAAUGCCAUUUAAGCCUAACCAUGCUGUUUGGGGAGCACUGCUUGGUGCUUGCGUGAUACAUGAGAAUGUUGAACUAGGGGAGGUGGCCGCAAAGUGGCUUUUUGAGCUUGAGCCAGAAAACACAGGAAAUUAUGUAUUGAUGGCAAAAAUUUAUGCCGCACUGGGCAGGUGGAAAGAUGCUGAGAAUGUGAGAGGCAUGAUGAAUGAGAUAGGAUUAAGAAAAGCACCUGCCCACAGUUUGGUUGAUGUCAGAAAUCUGUGAAAUAGAUUCGGAUUUUCUGCUUAAAAAUUAAAAUGGAUGUCCCUAAGCAGUUCGAUAUUCCAAUCAAAAGUUGAGGUUCAUACCUAGUUUGAAGAUGUUCGAUUACAGGAAAUGAUAGAUCUGCAUAAAUUGAAGACUUUGGUUGUGUAGAAAGGAUUCUCUUUUAGAGAGUGGGGAAUGCCUUUCUUCAUAUAGUCCUAUAAUCUAGAUCAUGAAAGUGAGCUCUCAGAAUUAACCAGUGAUACCAUUGUUUCAUUUAGUUUUGCCUUGCAAGUGGAUUUUUUGUUAUAUCAUUGUCUGAAAAGGCAAUUGCUUGGUCAAACAGAAGGCUAAACUUUCAUCAUUAUGAAUGGAGGGGUUUCGCAUUCCUUUUAUAAAUAUUCUACCUAUUUGUGGACAUAUGGGAAUUAUUUAAGUUGAAGCAUGGUAAUUGAUAAAGAUUGUAUGGAUAUGGGUAUGCAUUUGAAUCUUUCAUGU